AUGAGUUCCUCUCAGAAAGAUUCUCUUGAUACUAAAGUUGAAACCUUAAUUAAAACUAAAAAAAAAUAUGAAAAAAUGAAAGAAAGAGUUGACAAAUACUUUAAUGAACAAGAAGAAAAGUUAUCUGAUGAAAAAAAAAAUGAAUUUAUUGAUAAAUGUCUCGAGACAUAUAUUGAAGAACAUGGAAAAGAAGUCGAAUCUAUUAAAAAUAUAAAAGAAAAUAUCUUAACUUUUUUAUCAGAGAAUUUUUUUGUAUCAUUAGAAGAUGAUCUUUAUAAAACUAAAUACAAAGAAAUCUAUAAUAUUUUUUUUACCGAUUUUGGAGAAUCUCCAGAUAAAAAAAAUAAUCUAGAAAACCACUAUUAUGCAUUCGAUUAUUAUCCAGAUGAUGAAAGCAGAAAAUAUCAAGAUAUUUACAAUAAUAUAGUAGUUCGUCCUGAUGGAACUCCACGAUUACCCAGAAGAGAUUCAGAAUAG